AUGCGGUCAUCUCAGAAACGAAAGAGAUCGCCAGGCGCUCCUCGUCGGCCUCCGAUCACGCCCCGUACCUAUGGGUCGAGGCCCGCUCCCACACCGUAUGCUUGCACCAGAGCAUUCUACGAUCUAGAACGCGAACCAUCCAGCGGCAGACAGUUCCAGACUCCAUUUCCGACCGAGUCUCAGCCCGAAAUAGAUGACUCCCAGAAUCACACUGACGACGACCUGAACCAUGUCAUCGCCGCUAUCGAUAUGAAAGACUAUGGGACGGUGGGUUGCGCAUACUACUCCGCGGUGGAGGAAAAGGUCUACAUCUUAGGAGAUUGCCAUUCUGGGGAAACGGGAACCGUGGAGGCUUGCCGACCGUUAUACUCCUACCUCCUCGAGUUGAUAUUCCGGGUUUGCUCGACCACAACCAAAAUUUCGCCCAAGAGACAGGUCGAUGUCCGCCCCUCGCAAGAAUUCAGUGUCACCAAUGCAAAGAAUAGAUUGGUCACCCUCGACAUUUCGUCCGCUCAUGAGGACCGACUACGUUUCCUCGUGCCUCAAAGCGGUAUAUCUGGUCCCGAAGGAUUAGAUACGGAGGAUAUGGGGUUUACCCUUCGCGAGGGUCGACUCCUUCACAUUUCCAGCUCUAUCGAUACAGAUAACCCGGUGUCAGUUGGGUGUGCCGGAGCUGUUCUCGCCAAUUUACAGCGACGCAGAGCUACCGGGAAAAGCAUGGAUCCCAUCGGCCCCACGGACCAGUGUCCAUUUCUUGUGAAGCACCUCGAGAUGCUGAUGGGCAGCAAUACGUUUCAAUCCCUUCAGAUUAUCCAGUCUGAAUCUCAUCCGAACUUUUUCAACCAAGGGCCGGGCACAAAGUCACCUUCCAGCAAGGAAGGACUUUCCAUUUUUGGCCUUUUUCAGCGCUUCGCGAACACUCCUCAGGGUAGAGCCAAGCUGAAGCAAAUCUUCUUCCGGCCAAGUGUGGACCUCGAUAUCAUUCGACAACGGCAUGACUUCAUCGGCGUUUUCUCGCGACCAGACAACAUGGGUCUUCUAGAAAAGAUGACCAAAGCAUUGAAGCAUAUCAAGAAUUUGCGUCCUGUGAUGACCAAUCUUCACAAGGGAAUCAGUACUGGAAGUGCGAAGAUCACUGGCUUCAAAACCACGGUCUGGGCAAGCCUGCUCGCUUUUGCGUUCUAUUCAAUCGACAUCCACGACUCUCUGCGUGAGGCUUCCGGGGCUAAUCUCCCCCUGCGGGCAAAAGCACUCCAAAUAUUCGAAGCAGCGCAGCUAUACAGAGUGGGCCGAAUGAUUCAAGAGAUUGUUGACAUUGACAAUUCCGAAGAACAAGGGAGAACGGUAGUCAAACAAGGUCUUGAUCGAGAGCUCGAUAUGAUGAAAGAUCGAUAUGACGGACUCAAUAGUCUCUUGAAGCAUGUUGCCAUCGACAUUGCCAUGACCAUCCCGGAAGAUAUGGAAAUCGAUGUCAACGUGAUCUACUUUCCUCAGCUCGGCUUCAAUAUUGCCAUUCCCCUGAAUGAUCGAGAACAACCCACAUACUCCGGCACCGAUGACUGGGAGCUUGUUUUCACCACUGAAAACAGGGCCUACUUCAAGGACUUUCGGAUGAGAGAACUGGAUGAGAAGCUCGGAGAUAUCUAUGGGCUCAUUUGCGAGAAAGAGAUUGAAAUUGUGUACGAUCUCGCGCAGAGAGUGCUGCAGUACGAAGACAUGCUUAUUGAAGCAUCUGAUGUUUGUGGAGAUCUGGACAGCCUCCUAGCUUUCACACAGUCAGCCAGCUUUUAUAAGCUAACACGACCGCGCAUGGUACCAGAAAAUAUCAUCAAGAUCAAGAGUGGCCGACAUCUGCUGCAAGAGAUGACUGUUUCGUCUUACGUGCCGAAUGACACCUUGCUUUUUGGUGGCAGAGAGGAGGUGGACCACGACCAAGCUCCCUCGCAGGCGGGCCUUGCUCCCAGCAUGAUUUUGCUCACAGGACCGAACUAUUCAGGCAAGAGUGUCUAUAUGAAGCAAGUCGCUCUCAUCCUUUAUCUCGCGCAGAUUGGGAGCUUUGUUCCUGCAGAUAGCGCAGAGCUUGGCAUCACUGACAAAAUCUUGACCAAGAUCAACACCCAAGAAAGUGUCUCUAAAUUACAGAGCACUUUCAUGAGCGAUUUGCAACAGAUUUCUCUUUGUCUCAAGCAGGUUUCUGGGCGAAGUCUGGUCCUCAUCGACGAGUUUGGCAAAGGGACGGAUGGGAAUGAUGGCAUCGGACUUGCUUGCGGAAUUUUGGACCAUCUCUUAAAUCUGGAAGAUGCUCCAAAGGUCAUCGCGGCCACGCAUUUUCAUGAAAUUUUCGAGCACAACUUUUUGGCCCCACGCCCGAGACUACAACUGGGUCAUAUGGAAGUGAAAGUCUGCGACGAGUAUCGAGAAGCAGAGGACCAGGUUACAUACCUUUACAAUUUUCGCCCGGGCCGCAGCAGCAAGAGCUUUGGCACGAUAUGUGCUGCAAUUAACGGCAUCGAUGCGGCCAUUGUCGCCCGUGCGGACGAGAUUGCCUCGCUCGCAGCCCGGGGUGAGAACCUGAUCGCGGCAUGCGCCAUUCUACCUCGUGAAGAAACAACAGUACUUCGGCAAGCGGUAUGA